AUGGCAAACAUAGAUUACUAUAAGAUAUUAGGAGUGUUGAGGAAUGCGAGUCAGUUGGACAUCAAGAAGGCGUACCACCGAUUGGCCCUUCGCUACCAUCCGGACAAAAACAGGUCCAAAAAUACUGGCCAUAAGUUUCUACAGAUUCGUGAGGCGUAUGAAGUGCUCAGCGAUACUGAGAGACGUAAGAUGUAUGACAUCUCACACCCGAAGCAAACAAAUAAUCCAAAGACUUCGCCAAAGGCUAAGACUAAGACCAAAACCUCCGCAAAGAGUAGCGGUGCGAAGCCGACCGCAACCGCCACUAAUAAAUGCAUAGAACACACGGUGUAUGUGUCGCUCCGGGAUGUGCUUCUGGGCUGUACUAAGCGUAUGAAAGUGACCCGAAAAGUGUGGUCUUCGCCCCGAGAGUACACAACUGAAUCGGAAAUACUGUCCGUCAAAGUGAGGCCGGGCUCGCAGUCGGGCACUCGUAUUGUGUUUGUUGGCCGCGCGGAGAAGCCGUACGAUUCGGUUGCCGGCGAUAUAGUGUUUGUGCUGAAAGACAAGCCCGACGACCGGUUCCAACGCCACGGCAAUGAUGUCAUAUACAACGCGCAAAUGAAUUGUACUCAUAAUUGUACACAAAGUACACAAAUUCACAUGCAAUGGGAUGGAAAUCAAUGGUACACUUACAACACGUAUUGUCACGUCAACCACUCCAUCGCUGUUCCCCUUUUGACCGGCGGGACACUGGAUGUGGUGUUGGACUCGAAUCAGUGGAACUAUUUGUAUUGUUAUCGUGUGUUAGAUAUAGUUAAAGUUGGUUUAGGACUUCCCGACCAAAAUAAUGGACAAAUAAAAGGCAAUCUUAUCAUUAAAUGUGUACUCAAGUGA